AUGUUCCCCAGUAUUAAUGGUACGGGGACUACUAUCCCAGAAUUAACCAACAGUGAGGUCAAGGACAUCCUCCAAUCUCUGGAUGGACUAUUGAACGAAGCGGUCCUCACUGGAUCAUUACACGAUUUGGCGUUGUUGGAAUGUUUGGGGACGGUCUUGGCGCGUUGUGUUCAUUCCGACCAUCUGUACUACUUUGGCGCUCAGUGGGUCCGUGAUACAAUUGUCAGUAGAGGAAUUAUACUCUACGAUAAUGUUUUCGGCAACGCACCAGAUCCAUCGGAUCUUUACACGCUGAACUCCGUCGACUGGGCUGUGCUUUACACUUCAGUCAUCUUGGCUACCCUACUAUGGUGCACGAUUUUCAUUAUUUACCGCAUCCUCAAAGUCAGCGGCAUCGCGGAAGGGUUACGCACAUAUCGCAGAGUCAUAGAGGUCAUCGUAGACUCCGCUACUCUUCCCUCAGCGUUAAUAGUUGUUCUCUUGGUGUUUGAAGUUCGCAACAAUGCCCCAGUCGGGGAAUAUUUGGACCUGGUAGCCAGUGAGAUGAGGGGAAUUAUACCUACAAUUUUAUUUGGUCGUAUCGCAGCUGGGCACCCAUCCCCUGACGACUCCUGGAGGGAGGGAAGUACCGUAUCGUCGCUUCGGUUUGGAGAUCAUUCGAUCGACCCGGGCAGAACUCAAACGGAUGCUGAAAGCAACUCCUCUUUUCGUUUGAGAUUAGACUUAGAGGAGAGCGUGGAGUCAGAUGGCAGACGAAGCGGGGAUGAGAUAAUAGGUGUUCCGUAA